AUGCCUCGACGAGGCCAUGGAGAACUCUCUCCAGACAAUCGAAAUCCUGAGCGAGAACUCUUUCUAGAACAGCUGGAGCAGUUGAAUUCAUUGAAAGGGUGGGGUUUAAAACCCUUAAAGCAAAAACCUGUGCACGAUGAAGAAAGUGAGACUGCUGCGGACAACGUGAGGGAAGACAUUGUCAUCGAAAGGAAUUACGAUCUCAAAGACGAGGACUAUCUGAAUAAGUAUGAUAGUGACGGAUCGUCAGAAGACGAUGAUUUGUAUCCACCACUUCCCCAUCAUCACCCGACAACCACGACAACAACAACAACAACGACAACGCCGAGACCUGCAGUGGUAACGACAACUUUCCCACCAUGGAGACGCGAAUAUCCAGCAGAACAGCCAGAUUCUGUUCGACCGCAGCAUUCAAUGAGGCAGCUGGAACAGCCGAGACCGGAGUACCCAGCCCUUCAGCCUGUGCGACGUCCAGAAUAUCCGGCAACACGGCAGGAGCAACCUCCACAACCGCCUCCUGUACCUCCGCUGCCACCUCAACCGGAUCCAUAUGAGCUACGACGUCAAAUGGAGGAAGAACGCCGUCGUCGGAUCCAGGAACAUUAUGAUAGAUAUCAAGAACACUUGAGAGCGUUCGAAGCGAGGAGAAUGGGAGCCACAUCCUCUUCGACCACCACAACCACCACCUCCACCACCACCACCACCACCACCGCAUCGACUUCGGUCGCAGUGCCAGCGCGUCCAGUCUUCUCUGAGACAGCUGUACAGCAAAGAACGGAAGAUCAGAGGCCUGACUCAAGGAGGCUGUCGUUUGAAGAGCUGGAACGACAGCGUCACGAGGAAAUGCUCCGAAGGGAGCAAGAACGAAUAAUGGAACGGGCACGAGCUCAGGCUGAAGCUCGAGCUCGUCUGAUCAAACCGAAUGUUACUCAACCAAGAGCAUGGAUAAAGGUUCCUUCUGGUGAGGAAAAACCGGCAGAUGAUCGACCACCACCGCCGGUGCUUCCAUUUCGUCGUUAUCGUCCAUUCGAUUUGAAUGUUGUGACUACUAAACAGGUGAUAGACAUGAUUUUUUGGACUCAAAACAAGACACCGUUAGAGGGGCACAAGGCAAGGGUAAUUCAAAAACCAGUAGUAAAUGGGAAAAAAAGAAGAACGCAAAGUGACCACUACGACGACCCCAAGACCCACCACGACGAGUCCACCAACAACGUCAACAACAACAACAACGUCCACAACCACUACGUCAACAACCACUUCAACAACGACGACACCGACAACGACGACACUGGCAACGACGACGCCGACGACAACGUCCACGACGACGCCAACGACGACCACCACAACUACGUCGACGACGUCCACAACAACAACGCCGACCACAAGGAGGACGACCACUGCUCGGAGGAGAAAGACGACGACAACAACGUCGGUCAGACCUCCUUUGACGGAUCCUCCAAAGUUGUUUACCACUACCAGUAG